AAUUGUAAAGAAAUUAAAGUGCCAAAAGUUCCUAAAUUGAGAUCAAAGAAAGCUGCCCUUCACCUGUCGCCACAAGAAAAGGAUGACUUACUUCGAAGGUACUAAUUUAAAGCCAAUUCAUUUUUCUUGACAUACAUGUACUUAAAGCUGUGGCUAUACCAGCUCUUUUGUGCCUUGACUUGUACAAUACAUUCAAAUAUUUCCUUCAUACAAGCAUUUACAAGUAUAUGCCACAGUUUAAGGCGAAUGAGUGAGCUGCAAGAAUAUUUGUAAUUCUAAUCACUUUUGUUUGUUGACAUUCUAAUAAAGGUUACCAGAUACCUUUAGGGGUGUCUCACAUGCAGGUUAUGUAUGUAGUGCAUUCUGGUUAAAUUUCGGAUACCUAAACCAUCAUUUUUCUACUAACAUUCCCUCUUUUUCAUUUUCUCUUGCUCGUUCCUGAAGAUCACACUCUAACCCUUCCUAUGAGCCAAAAAUCAAAAUUUCAGCAAAAAUAUUUUGUAACCUUUGUUAAACAACAAUUCAUAAAUAAACGGCUAAAAAGAUUGUUGAUUUAGGUAUAAUCAUAAUUGAACAUUUAAAUGUCUGCUUUUGUUACAAGUAAUGAAAGCCAGCUGAUAAGAUUACAAGAUCUUAUGCUACUUUCUUGUCUGCAGAAGGAGGCAGGUCCACUGUAAAAUUCCAGGGAAUAAAAUUCCUAUCAUCAGAGGCAUUGUCAUGGUCAAAAAGCAAUUUGACGACCUUGUACAAAGCUGCAAAGAUCUGUUAAAACCUGAGAUUGGCUAUGAUGAAGGUACGAAUUCAUCGAGAGUCUUUUAUGCAAAAGCAGGAAGUAUUCCUCUCUUAACUAAAAGCUGAAGUGAAUAAUACUAAAUGAUAAUGCCUAUACAGGUCUACUUCUUAUUACCCAGAAAUUUUACUUUGUUAUUUAUUUGGUGUGGCAUUUACUUUCUUUUGCAUUUUAGAGGAACUCAGGCGACACAUAAGAGCAAUUUUAGAUGAGAGAAGGAGAAUGGUGCGGGAAGGCUACAGCUAUGCUGAUGCAGGGGUAAGGAAAUUCAUUGAACAUUUUAGCAGCUUAUGACUUCAAAUGAUGAGUACCACUCAAGCCAUUUUGCAUUUUUGAACUCGACCCUGAGGAUAUCAAAACGUGUUUCCAGCUGUCAUAAGAAAUUCCUGUCUUAAAAUGGCUCUCAAAAAUUGCUCCAUUUAAAAGAUAUGAUUUACAGUAUUAUUUAUUGUCAGACCAUUGUAGCCUUCAAAGUUUGAUAUUUAUUUGGUAUGUGCAAAGGAAUCCAGCUCCACUGAUGACAGUGAUAAACAGUCUGGAGAGAAAAACAUUUGUGGUUAAGAGGGAAGUGAUAGUGACCAUUCUUUUGAGGCUCCACAAAGCAAAACAAGUGGAUCUCGUGGAAAGAGAAAGGUGAGUUCUGAUCAAGAUAAGCUGACCCCAGAUACCACAGAUGAUAGUAAUUCUGAUGCCCUUGAAGAUGAACAUCAACUACCUGGUAAUUCAUUUUGUUUUAUUAGCUUUUAAUGUUACAGUGUUUAUAAAUGUUCCCCCCAAAAGAAGAAAAGACAAAAACUUCAUGAAAUAUUCUUCUUUUACCCCUGCUUAAAUACUAUCCUUAGGAAGUUAUUUUUUCGGCAAUUUGCCCGAUUUACAAAUGUAACAAACUCAGCACAUUAGAAUAAAUGCAACAAAGUUUGAAACAGACCAAUUUUACAUGUACCUUCUUAAAAGACGUUCCGUUGCCAUAGCGGUCCUUGUUGCUUAAGCUUCCUAAAGGUUGAGAAUAGUACUGAUACAACAGAGUGGGAAAAGUGUGAAGGUCGCUGGUGGGGAAAUUUUCUACUUUGUUAUCCAGGACAUUCCACUCGUGGGACGGCCUGCUAAAAAGGAUUUCUGAAAGGUAGUAGUUUUGCACUUGGGAGUAGCGUACCAUCCAGCGAUAGGAUUACCGCUAGGUCUAUAAAUUAUUAUCGUGUACUACGCACCCUGGGUAAUCUAGAAUGAUUAUUCAAUACAGUUCUCAAUACAGUUCUCGCACCCUUAUCCUUUUAUAGGUCACCCACUUAUUACUUUGGGUAAAUUUAUGGAGUGUCGAAAUUAAGUUAGUGUAAAAAACCCAUCUUGUAACUUUGAAAAAUAAUAAAGAGGCACUCUGCCGGUUUUUGUAAAUAAUUCUUUGUAGGUUUUUCCCUUUUUGGUUUGAAAGUUUCCGACAUGUACCAAAAUGCAAACUUUUUCUACUUUGUGAAUAUUCACCCUACUUCCCAAAACUUAAUUUACAGAUGGUGCAACGACAGUCCCCCUGAGCACUGCAAAGACAAUACUGUUAGCCUACUUUAAGAAAGGGUACACCAAAGAAAUCAAGAAAGAAGGACAUCUUAAUUCUUUGUGCCGUGAAAUGAAAAUCAAACAUUUCAAAGGAAAGGACAAGAGUGAGCUGAUUAUGAUCCUUGCUAAAGAACUACUCCUUAAAAAACGAGUCGUAUUGAAAAAUGCCGAUUUUGACUGCCUACACAGGGAUAGUAUUUCUGUAUAA